AUGGAUCUUGUGCUGAGUUCGGCAAUCAAAACCUGGAAAGACUUUUGCAAAGACGCUGCUCCCGCCCCUCUGUCGUACUUUGCAAUGGUAAAUCCAGCUCCAUUCUACACGACGUUCCCGCCAUUCAGUGCUUCGCUGCCAUACGCCGCUUAUCCGCAGUUCUUCACAACACCGACGACGAUGGCGAACGCGACGUCAGCAACAAUUCCAGCGACGUCAUCGGGAAAUAAUUCGGCAGCCGUUUCACAGCACGGGGAUAAUUCCCGAAGAAGUGGCCGACGUGAACGCACUUCGUUUAAUCGGGUGCAAUUGGAAAAAUUGGAAAAUGUGUUUCGAGAGACACAGUAUCCGGACCUCUACCGUCGCGAGGCUCUGGCCAAAGCAAUAAACUUACCAGAAGGCCGGGUGCAGGUGAUCACGGUUUGGUUCAAAAACCGUAGAGCCAAGGAUAGACAGCUGAAGAAAAACGGGGAGCGUUGUCAUUCAUUGCGUACUCCGUCUGGAUCUUCAAAUGAUUCCCCACCGUCUGAAUCAAAGGACCUGAAAGUUUCAAUGCCGAUGAUUCCUAUUCCUGGAAGCGAAGAAUUCAAUAUGCGCAACGAAGCCAAAUAUCAACACACCAAUUUGGCAAAAUCCGAUAUUAUUUCAUCAGAAGAUUCAAAGUUCGGGUUAACUGAUAUCAAAUACGAUCCAUCGGGAAACUCCGCAAUUGCUCAGCAACAAGCGACGGCUGCUUCGCUAUGGCCUUAUACGACAACAAGCUAUCCGUAUUUCAACAACUACUUCCCUCCAAAUUACUAUUAUCAGAGCUAUGGAAACGAUUAUAUUCCAAACAAUGCAGCGUAUUGCGGUGGACAACUCUGA